GUCUCUAUCGAACGUCCUUUCGACAAUCUCCUCGAUCCAACCUCUUCCCCCCCGAAAACAAUCCGCGCAACCUCAUCAAUUGGCCAUUCAAUCGCUAUUCACGAUGGGGCUCACCGAUUUGUUCUCGGACAUUUACGCUUCCCUGACCUUCACUGAGGCUUACGCCGAGGCUCCCGCUGAAGAGCCCAAGGAGGAGCCUCAGGCCGAGGAGAAGGCCGAGGAGCCCGAGGCUGAGGAGCCUGAGCCCGAGGAGGAAGAGGAGGAGGAAGAGCCUGAGGACAUUCAGCCCAAGCUUCAGGAGGACUGCGCCAACUCCAAGCAGUGCGCUCCCGCUAAGCACCACUACGACGAGUGCGUUGAGCGUGUCACCGCUGCCGCUGAUGACGCCGACAACAAGGCUCCCAAGGAGGACUGCGUUGAGGAGUUCUUCCACCUCGCCCACUGCGCCACUGCCUGCGCCGCCCCCAAGCUGUGGGCCAACCUCAAGUAAACGAUUACUACGUUUCUCCAUUUUCCUCGGCGGAUUCUAGUCUGACCAUGAAACAAUCCGAUUCCCACGUAUUUACAUGAUUGGCUGAUUGGUCGACUGGCGAGAUAAGAAGUGAAAAGGAUGAGCGUGGUGAGCGGCAGAAGGAAAGAAACGGCAUAGGAGCAUAGCGAUUGGAUCGUUCUGGCGGGGCAUGGAUUUGUAAGUUUUUCGUGCCGUGUGAGAAAGUGAUAGGGGUGGAUAGACUUAGAUGGAAGAUAGGUGCGAUGUGCACCUUGUCUCUUGUAUCUGUAUCCCUAAAACCACUGUAUAUGAGCCUCAAAUUUGUUUCAAUUUUUGUCAAUUAUUCAUCUGUGUGGCAUAACUCAUGCCAUCUUGCCUGGCCUUGGUCAACCUACGUAUGACUAUGUACUGCUACCAUAAAAUUGAUAUAGAUUCGAUUCCAAGCCGGAAGAGGAUCGAAUGGGGUGUUGCCCAAACAUUGCGGAA